AUGUCGUUGAGCCCAAAGCACACAACGCCUUUUUCAGUGACAGAUAUUUUGAGUCCAAUCGAGGAGACCUACAAGAAGUUUAGUGGCAUGGACGGCGCAGGGAACCUAACCUCUCCACUGGGAGCCUACCGACAGCCUCAGGUGUCUCAGACCGGCAUGCAACAGCACUCCAUGGGCCAUAACGCCACCGUGGCCACCACUUACCACAUGCCGCACACCGUCUCCCAGUUCUCCCACAGCGCAAUGGGGGGAUACUGCAAUGGAAGCAUUGGCAACAUGGGAGACCUCCCGUCGUACCAGGAAAGCAUGCGGAAUAGUGCAGCAGCAACAGGGUGGUACAGCGCCAACCCUGAUCCCAGAUACUCCACAAUUUCUAGAUUCAUGGGACCUUCCACAGGUAUGAACAUGACCGGCAUGGGGGGUCUCACAGGAAUGGCGGACGCCACCAAAUCCAUGCCAGCUCUCCACGCUGCGCCCAGGAGGAAACGGCGCGUCCUGUUCUCGCAGGCUCAGGUCUACGAGCUGGAGAGGAGGUUUAAGCAGCAGAAAUACCUAUCGGCGCCUGAGAGGGAGCACCUGGCCAGCAUGAUCCACCUGACGCCGACCCAGGUGAAGAUCUGGUUUCAGAACCACCGGUACAAGAUGAAGCGCCAGGCCAAGGACAAGGCGGCGCAGCAGCUACAGCAGCAGCAACAGGACGGUAAUCUGUGCCAACAGCAGGCGCAGUCCCCGAGGCGCGUAGCCGUGCCAGUUCUGGUGAAGGACGGUAAACCGUGCCAGAACGGCUCAAACACGCCGACGCCGAACCAGCAACAAGUACAACAGAGCCAGCAACAAAGCCAACAACAGAACGGGGCCGGAGUUGUGCUCGCAUCCACGACCAGCAGCCUCACCCAGCAUCAAAGCCAGCAGCAGGUGAACGCUUUGGAUCUGGAGGAGAUGUCGCCCAGCCCCCCCUCACUGCACAGCCAGCUCAACAUGGCCCAAAUAGACACAUCUGCUGUAGAUUACACCAGUAACAUGGUCAGCUCAAACCUCCUCUACGGCAGGACGUGGUAG